AUGGGCAACCUUGAACAGACGUCUAGUCGGGGCUCAUCGACUCAGCUGGGGAAUGAAGCUGAGAAAAACCCCUCCGACCAUCAAUCGAGGGGAAACUACCGUGGCUUCAAUGACGAGGACGUUCACCGUUUAGCAAAAAAGUUCAGCAGAGAUGACUCUUCCUCCCCCGCCCCCAGCUUGAGAAGGUAUUUAACACACAUGUCUGAAGUUCCAGGAGUAAACCCCCUCCUUGAGGAAGAAAAAGAUGAAAGAUUGGAUCCGGAUUCUGACAAAUUCGAUGCCAAGUUUUGGGUCAAGAAUCAACGGAAGCAAUAUGAGCUUGAUAAAGAUUACUACAAACCGUCGAAAUUGGGUGUCGCAUAUCGAAACUUGAGAGC